UUGCAGUUGCAGUCGAAGGGAAUGAUCGCUGGGAAUGAUACUCUUAACGAUCCUGAAGAUAUCGCUUCCUUGAAGGACACGGAUGGUAUGAUCGCAGUCGAUUUGCACCUAGACGACGAUCUGCCCCAGCCCAGUGUCCCUACCAAACUUUCGUUUAUAAACAAUCCAAACGUAAAUGAUCCACCCGCGCCUUCUCAUUAUUUAGAAUCACAGAUUGAAAUUGUCAUUAAACAGUUCGAGAAGAAAGGAGAAGGGAUGAACGCGUAUAUUGUCUAUAAAGUUGCGACAAUAACGCAGAACAUGCAAGGUUACAUAGAUCGGGAAUACGUUGUCUGGAGGCGAUUUAGUGAUUUCCUUGGCCUUCAUGAAAAAUUAGUGGACAAAUAUUUCUACAAAGGUUAUUUAGUGCCGGCAGCACCUGAAAAAAGUAUUGCUGCUCUUACACGGACAAAAAUGAAUACAUCCGUGGACGACAACACUAAUGAAUUCGCUGAACGUCGAGCUAGAGGUCUUCAGAGAUUCUGCAGACGCAUAGCACGCCAUCCAAAAUUGGUGUUCGAUUGUGACUUCCGUGAUUUUUUAACAAUGACUGCUUCAUUACCUAAAGCUAAUUCAACUGUGGCUUUAAGUGGUGCUGGAGUUAAGCGGAUGUUCAAAACUGUUGGUGAUGUUUUUUCGAAAAUGGCUUUCCAUAUGGACGAAAAUGAUCGUUGGUUUGAAGCUGCACAACAGCAAAUGGAAGAUAUGGAACAGAACUUGGGUAAACUGCUUCGAGCAGUUGAAUCAUUGAGUUCAUACCGUCGUGAACUAAUUUCUGGAACAGAUUCAUUUUCGAAAGCACUUUCAAUGCUUUCUUCAUGCGAAGAAAAUACGAGUCUUGCACGGUGUUUGUCGCAUCUAACCGAAACAUACGAGAAUAUUGAUCAGUUGCAUGGUAUGCAAUCGGACAAAGAUUGUGCAUUGCUCGCUGAAGGGAUCAAUGAACAGCUGCAAGUCAUCUGCACACUAAAAGAACUUUUUUUCGAGCGUGUUAAAAUUUGGCAGAAUUGGCAAGGUGCGCAACAAAAUCUUACAAGGAAACGAGAAAUGAAAGCUCGUCAUGAACUUUCUGGUCGGACCGAUAAAGCUAAUCAAAUCGUAGACGAAAUCAACAGCGUAUGUUUCUCUUCUUGCAUGAUAGUCAUUUGUGAGUGGGUAUCGCUCUUUCUGCAAUUUUUAUAGCCUUGUGUUUAAAUGCGGAUAGCAGAGUGCAUAAUUAGGCUGGCUGAAAAGUUCGGAUGAUGAUUGGUUCCAUGAGGAUUCUUUGACGCUUGUCCACGGCUAUAUUCGAAGUGGGGUGUGAACACAACAUAGCUUGCAUAUCGAAACAUGUCGAAACGGCGGAAAAAGCAGUGGAUGAAGUGGAGAAAGAAUUCUCUGAAGUAAGCAAAGUUAUUCGCGGGGAAUACGAAACGUUUUUGAUGGAGCGUAAAAGUGACAUGAACGACAUGUUUAAGCAAUACCUUCAAGAACUCCUUGAAACGCAGAAAAAGCUCCUCAAGUGCUGGGAGACAUUUGCGCCAGAGACACAAUCUAUAGAAACGGCCUAAUUUUCCAGGAAACCUUGUCCAUGCUGUAAUGUCCUCAUCCUUGUAUGUCGAACUGGUAUACUCCUUGUCACAAAUAAAGCAUAAACUUUGAAAAGACUCGACUUCAUUGAAAUCAUUUCCC